AUGGGAAAGGCCAAAAAGUCCCAACGAGAUGUAGCCCGGCUCUCUGGCAAACCACUCUCCGAGACACUUGAGCCAUCGUCUGUCCUGUGCACGAAUCCAGGAACAGAGGAGGGGCAGGAGGGGCAAUGGGUUACCUCGCCGGAUCUUACAGAGUAUGGACUCUCUUUCAGCACCGAUAAUGUCCAGGAGACUACGUUCUUCCUUUUGGCGAACCCAGGUCUAAACUCAACGGUGCUGUUUCGAGCGGAUAUCCUGUUUGAUACGGGUACGGGAACUGAAGCAUCUCGAGGUGAGGGGAAUUGCGGCACGCCGCUUCCAGCAAGAGAUGUACCAGAGUUCGAGUUGAGCAGGACGAUCGUGAGAAGAUUAAUUCCGAGAAACUCGCAGCUUGAUCGGCCGUUGGACCAGACCUGCCAUUUUUACCUGUCUCCCACUGCUGCUGCUGGCACGGAUGGAACAGAGCAGAAGCGGUUCUUGGCCAUUUAUACGCCCCAUGUCUCGAGUAAGGAGGAAUUACCAUACUAUCACCCGAUGCUGCGGUCUCUGGCAUUCCUAUACGAUGCUUCUUCUCCCCCCUCAACCCCAACAGACCCAAAGCCAGAGACACCGGCAGGGGUAAUGUCCAUCCACAUCCUCCCCUGGCAACCCGAACCCGUACACAAUCGCCUAGAGCGCACGCUAUCCAAACUUCUAGACGUGCAAAUCCGCCUCACAAAGCGCCGUCUCACCGAAAUACCCACAGCUCGCAGUCCCUACGCGCCUAUCAAGGACAAUGUCAUUCCACGACAUAGAGUGCAGGACACCUACUCGCGACUCAAGACCAGGUACGCGGCCGAGCUGUGCAGCCGCUGGGUUGAGAGCACGGAGCCUAGCAAGCAUAUCUUUGAGGAUCUAGGUGUUGCCGCGUUUCUGAUUGAGUUCUGGAGGGAGAUGUAUGGGUGUGUCCCAGUGGAUGAGAGACAGGAUUCUUCUACGACUGAGAGCGGACGCGCUGAAGGCGUGGAGAGUACGGAGCUGGACUCGGACUUGAGCUUGAGCUCGAAAUUCCCCGGUUUCGUCGACAUCGCCUGCGGAAACGGCGUACUUGUCUACAUCCUCCUCCAGGAGGGAUACCCAGGCUGGGGCUUCGACGCGCGCCGCCGGAAAACCUGGGACAUAUUCCCAGCCUCUGUGCAGGAGUAUCUGCGGGAGGAAAUCUAUAUCCCGAAGCCCUUUGCCGAUGAACUCUCUUCGCCGCAAGAUCUCAACCUUCCAGGUCUCAAGGGUAUAAAAGCACACAGCGCCACCCCACCAACUUUGCCCAGAACCACAUUCAUCAUCUCAAACCACGCCGAUGAACUUACCCUCUGGACACCUCUCCUCGCCGCGAUCCUCAACCCCACACACCCGCAACCCUUCCUUGCAAUCCCCUGCUGCUCGCAUUCCCUCUCCGGUGCGAGAUAUCGAUAUCCGCCGCAGACCAGCAGCACGUCUAAAGGGAAAGAAAGCACCACAGAAUCAGGAAUUGGAGAAGGCCCUGACUCAGGGCCUAAAUCAGGCGACCUAAAAGCCCUCCGCGCAUCCAAACUCACCGCCUCAACGCCGGGUUCCGCCGCAUUCAAUAAGUCGAGCUACGGCACGCUGACUGAGAAACUAGUUUCUCUUGCGGCGGAGGUGGGGUACGACGUUGAGAAGACGUUGUUGAGGAUUCCGAGUACGAGGAAUAUUGGGGUUCUUGGGCGAAUGACGGCGGUGGAUGGGGUCGGGGAGGGUGAGAAGGAGAUCCUUGAUAGGGUUAGCGAGAUUGUGGCUCGGGAGUGUGCGCGUGAUGGGGGGUUAAAUCUUGCUGCGAGGGCCUGGGUUGAGAGGGCGGUUGGGUUGACGGCCGCCGGCGGUGGUUGUGGUGCGAAUGGGCAGAGUCAUGCGCAUGUUUAA